AUGCAAGUUACACGAUGUGGACUUCACGGCUUUCAUGAAGUACUAGGAAUUGAUGUGGACGAGAUCCGCUUUUAUUGGACGAUUGAAACCGACGACAAACAUGCCUCACAGCUCGCGUACCGGGUAGUGUUGAGCACCGACGAGACGGCUGUGCAAGGAGAUGCGACCGAUCAAGCUAAGCUGGCCUGGGAUUCAGGCCGGGUGAUGAGCAAUGAGCAACGUAACAUCAUCUGCAGACCCGAUAAUGGCUUCCAGUCGACUUGCAGCUAUUACUGGAAAGUGACCGUCUGGGAUCAGUCGCAGCGACCCUAUCACAGCGCCGCCAAUCACUUCUUCACAGCCUACCCUCGAUCUCACCUACUGCCUCCCUAUAGCAUGAAUCAGACCUAUAUGCCUCAUACCAGUCUUAUUUUCCGCUCUUGGUUCGAGGACGAGCCGAACCGAUGGAAAGCCGUGUGGAUUGGUGACGGUGGAGACAAACCGAUCUACCUACGCAAGGCCUUCGAUUUGGCGCAGCCCCCAACCCGUGCCAUUCUGUUUGCAUCCGGCCUUGGACAUUUCAACAUGACUGUCAAUGGAGCCCCGGCGUCAGACCAUCGUCUGGACCCCGGCUGGACCAACUACCACCGUCGCGUGCAAUUCACGGCCUACGAUGUGACGGCCCACUUGCGGACAGGUCCUAAUGUGCUGGGCGCGCACCUGGGCAACGGUUUCUAUGCGGGCGACAAAGGGGAUGAUCGGUUCUUCUGGCCCAUGUACGAAGACAACACCUAUGUCCGCUAUGGCAACGAGCUCUGCUUUUUUGGUGAGCUGCAUCUCUUCUACGGCGACGGCACACACACGACGAUGAUUUCGGAUCCAUCCUGGCGCGUCCGUAGAAGCGCCACCAGCCUCGCUAAUAUCUAUGCAUCCGAAAACCACGAUCGGCGACAAUAUCCAACGGGCUGGGACACUCCCGACUUCAAUGAUGCGGAUUGGGCCCUUGCCAAGCCGCUGACUGGCCCUCGUGGUCAUAUCUACUACCAAACUCAGCCACCUGUGGUGUUGCAUGAGACCUUCCAGCCAGUGAAGGUCACAGAGCCGCGUCCGGGUAUGGUCUGCUACGAUCUGGGGCAGAACGCCUCGACGAUGGUGCACAUGGAGGUCGAGGGACCAGGAGGAUCGGAGAUUAUUGUCCGUUAUAGCGAGACGAUCAAAGAAGACGGCACAGUGUUGAUGCCGGAUCCCUUGUUCAAGGAGUUCGAGACUGGCGUGUUCUCUCGUAUUCAUCUGGCCGGGACGGGCGCCACUGAAACCUGGGAGCCUGACUUUAGCUUCACCAGCGCACGGUAUAUCCAAGUGGAAGGGGUUUCUUUGGACGGCAGUGACGGCCGCCCGGUCAUCCGAUCAGUUGUGGGACGCCAUGUCUCGUCGGCUGCCCGCCGCCUGGGUACGAUGCAGACUGACAAGGAAGACGUGAAUCAACUGCUAAACGCCCUAUUCUGGACCUUCAGCAGCAAUCUGUUCAGUUACCACACCGACUGUCCCCAAAUUGAAAAAUUCGGCUGGCUGGAGGUCACGCAUCUGCUGGCGCCAGCCACGCAGUACGUUCGCGAUAUGGAAGCUCUGUAUACCAAGAUCCUCGACGAUAUCCUGGACGCUCAAGAGCCUAGUGGGCUGGUUCCCACCAUGGCGCCCGAGAUCCGCUACAUGUGCGGCCCGCUGCAUGAUACCAUCACCUGGGGAUGUGCCAUAUGUCUUCUGCCCGAAAUUCUGAGAGAGUACUACGGUUCAACACAUGUAGUCGCCAAGGUGUUCCCCGCGGCAGUGCGAUACUUGGAAUACAUGCGUACCAAAGAGCGCCGAGGCGGUUUAAUUGAACACGGACUUGGGGAUUGGGGCCGCGGAAUUGCCUUUGGUAAUAAUCAAGCUAAUAUCGAAACCGCGAUAUACUACCGGUGCCUGCAAUCCGUCGCCAUGAUGGCUCGUGAACUGGGAGAAAUGCAAAAGGCAGAAGAAUUCGAACAGUGGGCCGCUCGGGUCUACGCCCUGUACAACCGUCACUUGCUUGUCACCGACGACGCGUCUCGGCCGUACGCCUACUAUACCUCACUAGACAACUACCCGACCCGCGACCGAGAUGCAGUCGCCCAAGCCAUGGCUUUGCAAUUUGGACUGGUCCCUGAACAGUAUCGCAAGGAUGUGAUGGCUGCCUUUUUGGAUGAUGUAGCAGAUGGGCGCAUCCGUGCCGGAGAGAUAGGGCUGCGGUACCUAUUUAACACCCUGGCUGAUGCAAAGCGACCGGAUUUGGUGUUGCAGAUGGCCCGUCAAGAGGAGCACCCGUCUUAUAUGCGGUUUCUGCGGCGUGGAGAAACAACCCUGUUGGAAUUCUGGCAAGACGAGUGCCGUAGCAAAUGCCACGACAUGCUAGGAACCAUUUAUGAAUGGUUCUACGCAACGGUCUUGGGUCUAAAGCCUACAGGACCGGCAUAUCGUACUUUCGUGGUAGACCCGCCUUACAAUGCCGAAUUCGAUCAUGUCAAGGGUUGCGUGGACUGUCCCUACGGGACGAUUACUAUUGAGUUUAGACGCAACAAGCAGCGUCAGGCCACCGUGAAUGUGCGUGUGCCAUUUGGUACUACCGCGAUUGUUAAGCUUCCCUGCAGCGGCAAGUCUACAAACUAUUUCCGGGAUGGAGAAGACAGUCGGCCAGUGAACGGGAAGGAGGUCACCCUAAGCCACGGCAUGUACUCUAUCAUUGAAUGCUAG